AUGGAGGCUGGUGAAUAUGAAACGAAUACUCUUCUGUUGAACAACAUCUCUACGAUCAACUUUCGAGUGUACGAGGCACCUUCCGACAUAUCUAAACACUUACCCUCCGCCGCCCUCGAAUUCGAAGGUUCGCUACGUGAAAAUGGACACCUCGCGUUUUUUGACCCUGACCGGAGGGGCGUAUGGUGCUUCCGGAUACAAGAAAAGGAGGUGGAAAACGAGGAUAGCAAGCCGACCUGGAACCUGGACACAACUUUUAAGGUGUCAGGGCAAGCAUUUGUUCUAGCAGAAGAGGGUGCAAUCGAGCCCCUAUCAAUUCAAAAGGGGAGAUCGCAAGCACCGAGUCCACCAGCGUCAACGAUGUCCGCUUCUUCUACUGCCUCCCCGUCCGGCACCGUGAACAUUGACCCUGUUCCGCGAUCGCCCUUUGGCGCACCAGGUAGCAACCCUUGGCCAAUUCCGACAAAGCAAGAAGCCUCAUCAGUUCUAUCAGCCGACACGCAGACUAAGGGAGGGCUAUCGGCACUUGCGGUCGUAUACGAGAACUUUAUUGCGGCCGUGCUACAUUCCCUGAGCACGGCAAUAUGCACCGCGACACGAUCACUACCGCUCAACUAUCGCACAAUACUAUUUACCCCAAAUCUUAUGAAUUCUAAAGACUUUCCACCCGAGACAACAAUAGGUACGCUUGCCGCGUACUUGACUACUAUUGGAACUCUCGUAGUUAGUCUAAAGCUCUCGCAAUGUAAAGGUUUAUCAUCACUCGAAAACAUCUUUGCUGCAAGCCUCACACGCCCGGGCGAACAGAUUUUCGCAGCGCCUUUUGGAAUCCGGGCUUCAAACCCGUCCAUUACAAUUGAUGACUUUGGCGCUCCCAGCUUGGCGCAAACCCCGAACACACAGGCCCUGAGCUUCCGGCGCCCCUUCGAAGGCGACGAUGGUCUCUGGAAGCAAGCGUGCCUUAGGAUUCUGCAAUUAAGGGGCAUACCGUAUUCUAUAUUAAAGGGAUGUUCUUGGGUGAAUAUCACGGUAUCAAGACAGCGUCUUCAGGACCCCAAGAAUGACACACCCCGCAACAGGGACGUUACAGCAACAACCACUAUUCCGUGGCCUGGGCCUCUAUGUUUUCGUCGGAAAACUGCGGACGCAACAACAGGCACCCGACUUCGCGAUACCAUUCUAAGUGGCCAUGAAGAAAGCCGUGAUCCUCUUGGUAUUGCCGGGCGUUGGAUGGACUCUGCAUCUGAGAGGGAGGAACAGAUAGCCAAAAGAAAGGCCGACCGCGUGGCAUCCGCGGCGUCAGAAAGCAAUGGAAUUAGGCCCCGGCCUCUGGUCACGGAGGAUAUGACACCUGUUGUCGGUCGCUCAAACAUAGCUUCCGCGGGUGCCAUGUAUCCGACGCCACCAGAUGCCAUUCAGCAGCACAAUGGAAUAACGCCUACACUAGAUGCCGCAACAACAAGCCCGAGAAAUCUGUCUUCAGCAACCGCAACGGUUGAUAUUGUGGACAUGGCGCAUGCCGAAUCUGAACCGGAACCUCAACCCGUUCCCGAGCCUGAACCUGAACCUGAAGUGCACCAUCCAGACAAUGACAUGUGGGAUAGAUCUGAAGAACCAAGGCGAGAGCGGAGCGGAAGCAACAACUCUCUUGGAGAUCCCUCAAGUAUUUUGAUGGAUAGCGACAUGUUUGGGGACAAUGAUAUCACGGAAGCCGAUUUCAACUUCUUCGACGAAGACCCGGGUGAUCUAGACAUUGACAUGGCUGAUCUUGAUGUUCCCUCGCCUGUCCAGGUUUUGGAUGCGAGCCCCCCUAAGGAAACUCCAGUCAAGAAAGAGGAAACGCAUACCAAACUAAAUGAGGUUCCUGAUCCUGUGUCCUCGCCCCAAAAGUCUGAAGGCUUCACUAUUCCUGAGUUGCGGCAUGCAAGGAGCUUUUUGGGCGAUCCCCAAGCCACUCGGAUUAUCACUGAAGAGAAGAAGGCAACCUCAAAGAGGACACACAGCCCAUUCAACCCCGAGACUGUUUUUAAGCGAGUGAGGGCAUCAGUGACUCAGGCAGCUGUGUCCCCUAAAGAAACGAACCAAAACCCCAAACGGAAGGCCAGUGUGUUUGAAAAGAUCGAUUUCGGCCCUGCCUUGCCUAUAAUUAAUAAAAAGUACGAGAAAGGCGGUCUUUACGACUUCGAACCCACUAUUGCAGAACUACAGAAGAAAACUAGCUCUCGAGCAGGAGCACUUCCCGAAACAGACUAUCUCAAGCGCCACGGCAAGCGCGCCAAGAAGCUGAAAGAACCGCCUUAUACUGCAAAUGCUUUGAUGAGGGGUCUCACAUCACUCGAUGUGUCUGCUUCGCAUACUAGCCCUGUUCGUGUUGCUCGCUCUCCCUCAGAUGACGAUGCAAGCAGUGUAGAAUCCGAUCAAGAUGACUCGAGUUACACGUCAGAAGAACUCCCUUCACCAACCAAAGCGAGUUUCAAGGGAACUGUUGUGGAUGAGGACGUCGCUUCGCAAGUCACCUUUUUCCGAGACUCUGACACCGCUACAGAGCCAGAUCAGCGACUUGCUUUGGAAUUGCCUAAAUUAUCUAGGCCGCAUGGACCUGAACUACCUCUCUCCAGGCUGCUGAUGGAUCCCGAGCCGUUAGCCCUUGAGCUCCCACUAACUGAUGAAGAUACCAUUCAGAUAGCUCAGCUACUGACUGAGCAAGCGGCUCUUGGCGACUUCAGCAUGAUGAAUCUGGCAGUCCACAACACGGGCAUUGCUGGCCCCGGGAAUCAGCGGCGCCAAAUGUCAGCGUACUCGCGGAUGGUGGCAAACAUUCUCCAGGGAGCUUUCUCCUCAUCAAUUAAAGGGUUUUCCCCCAGCCGGCUCAAAGACCUGCUCGAAAUACCCGAUGUGCCUGCACAGGGUCAGAUGAGAGGUAUCCAGCCUCGACCGGUCCCGGGCAGAGACCCAAACGCUGAGCAGUUAAGACUUAGCAAUGUGUAUCAGAUCCCAUCUCACCACCUGGAAAUGAGAAGGUCCGAAACAAGACUGUCCGUCUUACCUUCUGCUGUUACCUUCUGGGAGAGUCUUGGUAUGGCACCUGCAUCAGGGAGUAAAGAUGUAUACGCACUUUGCGUAUUUCCUGGCUGGAGCGGCAUGUCAGAUAAUACGCGGACCUUCUUGGGACGAAUGAAGAGUCUCUACGAGCUGCUCAAGCUGGGCACUUUUGAGAACGUACCUCUCCCCAAUGAAUUUGAAAGCGGCUUGCUCCCGUAUGAAGUAGAUCGAAUAUCUACCUCUCCGGAUGCGAGCGUGACCAGGCAAGGGUCAGCAUUGAUCGAGAGCAUGGAUGUCUUACAGGCAACUCUCUCAGAUUUGCCCCAGGAGGAGACGAAUAUUGUUAUUUUCAUGGUCUACACUCCUAACAACCCUGGCACCAUAGUUGAGGCCUGUCUCGCUUUCCAAAGGUUUUCGGAAACCUGCAAACCUUUGCUUGCAGGUAAGGGAGACCGUGGACGCAAGGAACUGAUCCUGCAGCUCGUGUCAGCCGAUCUGAUAUCGUCGCCGACGGCCCUGGUCAUAACUCCUUCCUCCGCGCUGGUCAAAUUAUGCGUUGAGAUGUAUGAUCGCUGCGGGUCACCCGAAAGCCCGAUGUCGACCCCAGCGAUCCUGCUGGAGCAGCCGCCGCCACGCCUGAUUGACUUUAAACUGACCGGUACACCUUCUGCUUCACUGAUACAUGAGAAUUCUUGUCUUCACGUGGCUUACGCCCAGAGCAGUGACGAACGGUGGGUAUCAGCAGCUUGGACAGAUGAUCGCGGCAGUCGGCAGGGAACUGCCUCGUACUGCUUAGGCCGCAAAGGACGGCCUCUGUCUACGCAGAUGACUGAUGUCGCACAUGCGAUCUGGGAGAUGACAUUGGAGUUUAUCGCUCAUCGCAAGGUCCAUUGGCGCAUUAUCAUCACCAAAUGCGGCCCAAUGGACACUGCGGAGAUUGACUUCUGGUCGGCUUUGGCACGAACAGAGUCUACAGCGAAUGUAGCACUUAUUCUGAUGACCGUCGACACUAGUCCUUCGCUUCAGCUGGUCCCCCCUGCUACCCAGAUCUCGUCAUCAACAACCGGCUUCUACACCACACCUGUUUCAACCCCCCAGACCAAUAUUGUGUCACCUGAACAGAGUGCCACACCGAUCACUAAUGCCGCCACUGCCCCUACGCCUGGCGCGGAUGGUGGCAAUGAACCUGAAGGGGAUGCGGUACUCUUGGAUCUUACAGACCAGAUUUGGGGCGCUGUUCUAGGCCACAGGCUGAAUAACUCGUCGACAUUGCUUGAGCUCCAUCCCGCUCUCGUGAGUGGGUAUCUGAUAAAGAAGGUUGGGUCGAAAAUAGAGGACCCGCCUGUCGUGAUCGAGGUCAAUCUUGUGCAUACUGAGGGCACGGCGCGGCCGUACGAGCCCCUGUUCCGGGAGAUGCUCAGCAACUUCCGCGGUCUGGGGACGUUGGCAAGGGCAAGAGGGGUGGUGGACAUGGAGAUGGAUGUGCGGCCAUGGCACGUUGCCGCUGCGGAGAAGGCAGUCCAGGUGCUCUUCGCUCUUAUGUAA